GAUAGGAUCAAUGAAUUGAGCACGCCUGAUCGCGAACAUUUUAAGCAUUUUACCACCUCACACUUCACCGAUCAAUUUCUUGUACAUUUGCCCUGAUUAACCAGUGGUUUGACACUGCAUCUAAAUACUCAUAUAAAAAUAGAAAUGUGAAUAUCAGAUGAUUCUCACAAAAAUCGUUAUGUGCAGUUGAUUAAAAAAGUGCACAAUGUGAUGCUUACAUUUUUGAACGAUUCAUAUAUUCUCAUAUGUGAAAAAUGCACAGUGCAUCAUAUUUAUAGAUGGCUUUUAUCAACAGAGUUAUGAGAGUAAACAAUGAGGAAGACAUAGGGUGUGCUUCAUUUAUUCUAAACACCUCGUUGUCGUUCAGAUGUGAUGUCAAUGACACCCCUUACUGGCCUAUGUCCUUUGAGGAAAAACUCAGAGCAGAAGUACCUGAGUCGCUCCAUACGUCUAAGGAACAACAAUCUCACCAAUAUCUCUGGCCUUGAAUUGAUGAUCGCACACUUUCUCGCUCAGCCAUCAAAUUUCAGCUGGCUGGACAUGUCUUUCAACCAAAUAACAGCUAUAGAUCCUGUUCUGUGUGAGCUAACAGUUUUGUACCUUCAUGGCAAUAACAUGAGUCUGAGUGAUCUCAACAAGCUGGCACAGCUGAGUCAUCUGCACUCCAUCACGCUGCAUGAAAAUGCUGUGGAAAAGACCAAAGGCUACAGGUGGCAACCUGAUUUAUUUAAAACUGAUAUACUGGCUGUUUUGCUAAAUGUUGAUGGCUUCCUGAUUUGCAGAUAGAGAUGGUGGUCAGUGUGACUGAUGAGCUUAGGGUUAGUCUGAGUGCAGCCAAGAACCACGUUUAUUGCUGCCAUCUUAAAACAGCACAAAUCUCCUAAAUUUCAGAAAAAAAUCUUGUGGUGUUAUUUACCAACCUUUAGAUUACUCUCCAGCAGGGGUGCCUCCAGAAAAUUUUGAUAGGGGUGGCCAGACGGAG